CUAUAUCUUAAGUAAUGACAUAGUGGGUAUAUUCCUAUGUUUUAACAUUGUUUUAAAUUUGUGACGUCUAUUUGUGUUGUUUCACAACCAACUUUGCAUGCAUGUCAUGUAUUUCUUGAAAAAGGCAUGGAUUCCUACCGAAACGUCGAAAUAAAAAUGUCAUAACAUCAUAGAUAUCCCUAUUUUUUUUUAUAUGAACCUAAGCCCAAGAAAUUCUUGUAAUAAAAUAUAUUAAGGUUCAAGAAUCCAACUAUAACAAUAUAUGCAGGCAUGGGUGAAAAUAUGCCUUUCUAUCGUAGUAUUGAAACCAAUUUUGGAAGGACAACUGUCCAACAGAUGAAAUUCUACCAAAAAUUAUUGGCUAAAAUUGCAAAUCACAGAAAUCGAAGAAUUUUUCUUCUUAGAUGUAAGACAGAAAGUUUAAUACCAAACUUUUUAAAUUUAAAUAUAGAACAUAUAAAUCUGAAAUCUGUAAGCCUUGCACGUAAAUUUGGUAACGUUUUUAACCUAUUCGUAAAACAAACAUUAAAUUUACUCAUAGCAGAUACCACUAUCUCAUUAAAAACUUUACACUCGGAAUUAGAAAAACUGGAAGCUAAACUAAUCGAUGUAUUACCAGUUGAUAUUUUAAAUAAAUUUAAAGAAACAUCAUUAGAAUAUAGUGAGCGUAUUUUUUGUCAAACACGGGAUAUUAACAUCAAAAAAAUUAAUAGGCUGUUAUUAAAAUCAAAUAAUAGAAACCAUAAUAAUACAUUGAAAGAUACUGGGUUAGAAAAUUUAACUAAUGUAGAAAUACCCAGUGACGUACAAGAAGUUUUAAGUUUAGGAGAUAAUUUUGCAAUUCCCAUUCGUAAUAAAAAUGAUAUUCCAACGUCAGAAAUUAUCUGUUCAAUUGAGAGUUCCAUUUCUAACUUAAAUACCAGUGUACAAAAUGAUAUUAGAACCAAAUGUUGCAACAUUUUAACAAAUUUUAAAAACAAAAACAAAUACCAAUUUGAAGACAAAACACUACAUAAGAAAGUUAAAAAAGCAAAAGCUUUUUUAAACGAGAAUCCUAAUUUAAUUGACAAAACAAACAAGACUGUAAUUAUGGAAUCCAACGACUAUGACAACAAAAUGGAUUCUCUGUUGAACGAUAAAACAACAUACCGCGAAAUGAAAAAUGACCCUACGAACAUAUUCCAAAAAAAAAUAACGAUUUAGUUGACAGAUGGGAAAAAAUGAGCUAUAUCUCACCAAAUACCGCCAAAUCCCUUAAAAUACAUAAUGCUGUAGCCCCAAAAAUAUACGGUCUGCCCAAAACACAUAAAGAAGGUAUGCCUCUGCGUCCUAUUGUCUCGUGUAUUCAGUCUCCUUUCGAAAACCUUUCAAAAUAUUUAAAGAACAUAAUUUCUAAUGUAAUCAAUAAAAAUCCACACUAUUUAAAAGACGCAGAUGACUUGAAAUCAAAACUUAAAAAUAUACAUUUACCUCAAGAAUAUAAAUUAGUUUCACUCGAUGUCGUAUCUUUAUACACCAAUGUUCCAAUUGCUUUUGCGAAAGACAUUAUUAAAGAAAAAUGGAAUGAAAUCAAAAUUUUUACAGACAUCCCUCUAGAAGAAUUUAUAUUAGCAGUUGAAACAACACUAAAGUCAACAUAUUUUAUAUAUAAAAACAAAAUAUUCCAACAAACAGAUGGAUGCGCUAUGGGUGCUAGCAUAUCAAGUGCUAUCGCUCAACUAGUUUUAGAACACCUGGAAGAAAUUGUUCUAAAUAAAAUAGAUUUCGAUAUACUGUUUUUCUAUCGAUAUAUAGACGACUGUUUGACUGCAGCUCCAGAGGAUAAACUGGAUAUUUUGCUAAGUGAAUUUAAUAACUUUCACCAGAAACUAAAUUUCACAUUAGAAAUCGAAAAAAAUUGUCAAAUCAAUUUUCUUGAUCUGACUCUACAUAGAAACAAUAGCACCAUAACUACUUCAUGGUAUACCAAAAAAACAUGGUCGUCGAGAUAUCUAAAUUUUAACUCCCACCAUCCUUUAUCUCAAAAGAAAUCAGUAGUUAUCGGUCUCGCCGACAGGGCUAUCAAAUUGUCCGAUCCUAUCAAUAGACCUCAGGCCAUAGAAAAAGCAAAAACAGCACUGGCACUCAAUUCAUACCCACAUCAACUCAUCGAAACCACCUUUAAAUCGCGAUUACAUACAUUCUAUAACAACAGGAACAACAACAAAAAUAUCAAAGUGAAGAAGAAUUACAUGUCUCUUCCUUAUAUAAAAGGGUUAUCGGAACAACUUGCAAAUCUCCUAUCCAAACAUAAUAUUACAGUUGCACAUAAAGGGUAUAAUCUUGUAAAAAGGAAUUAUAUACAAAUAAAAGCGAAAACUCCUCAAUUAAAAAAAUCGCAUGUUGUAUAUGAGAUCCCCUGCUCAAAUUGCGAUGGGGUAUAUAUUGGACAAACCAGCCAGCUACUGAACUCAAGAAUACGUUCUCACAAAUAUGAUAAAAAAAACUCAACAGCCCUCACAAAACAUGAAAACGAGAAAAGACAUAAAUUUGAUUUUGACAAAACUAAAAUCCUAAAAACUGAACAAAACAGGAAAAAGAGGGAGCUCCUGGAGUCUAUAGAGAUUAAAAAAAACAACAACGCCAUAAAUGAUAAAAAAGACGUUAAUCAGUUGAACAAGAUUUAUUUUAAUCUAAUCUAAAAUAAAUAAAAGAAAAUUUCAGCACGCCCAUGACAUGAUAGCAACCUACUGAUUAAGUGAUAAAUCAAACAUCAACCAAUAUCACACUGAUUUUGACACUAUAUCUUAAGUAAUGACAUAGUGGGUAUAUUCCUAUGUUUUAACAUUGUUUUAAAUUUGUGACGUCUAUUUGUGUUGUUUCACAACCAACUUUGCAUGCAUGGUAAGUCAACUUUUUUACAUUGUU